AUGCAGCAGGCCUUACUAGUUAGGACGCCAAUUGAAGGAAAGGAAUCUUCACCACGAACUGGAGCAUUCGGAAGAGACCGCGGUCUGAUGAAUAAUCGAUCUGGAACAUCCGGAAGAUUUAGGAUUUUGGAACAUCCAAGGUUAGACAAUUAUGUGUGGAAUAUAAGUGAGUCAGUAACGUCGUCAUCCACGUCAUCAACAAAUAUGUCUUCUGGAGCGCCAGCCAAUCGUCCAACGGAGAAUAUGGAGGAGCCGAGAAGUGAGAUGGAGCAGCCUGUGGUGGAGCAUCCUGUGAUGGAGCAUCAAGCCCAACAGGUCCAGGACAUCGUGGCGGAGGAACAAGAAGACGACGACGAAUACAUCGAUGUUGGCAGCCCUCCUCCCAUGCCAGAAGAUUACAUACCAAUCCACCUGGCUCUGUUGGAAAAGGACAGAUUGAGAAAAGAGGAAGCCACCGUGAGCUUCCUGAAUGAAAACCCAGAUUACCUUCAAAAGAAUAUGGAGCUUGGAGCUGAAGGACAGCCAAUCUCUGCGGUUGAAUCCCCCGGGGUCAACCCAGCUUCGAUUGGGGAGACAUCGGUUAUCUUUCCGAUUGCCCCAACGUAUUCUCUUCCGAUGUGGAACUAUUUUUCGGCGCUUUCGACGGGCUAUGUUGCUUUUCCCACCGUUGGCAUCUCUUCAGUCUUCAUCACAUCGGAAACAUCUGCGUUUUACAAUCCAGGACAAGUUUUGGGUACCGAUCCAUUAGUGGCUGAUACGGUCCCGGACCAAGAAGCUCCAGUUGAUCUGUCUCGCCAAACUGGACAAAACGAUCCGAGAAACAAUCCGGGUAACAAUAGAGAUAGUGCCAAAAAUAGUGCGCAGUGCCAACGAAAUUUGGCAGAGACGGGUCGUGAAAGCAUGAACCAGGGAACUGCGAAUGUGCUAGCUGAUGUUGAGGAAGACGUGGAUCAAGAUGAUCUGCAAAGAUUGAGACUUACUUCUUGGCUGUUGGAUGGCUAUGAGGGCGAGGAGCAAGAAACUGAUGAGAACGGGAUUCUUCCAGAAGCCCAAAGCAGCGAUGCGGUUGACGACGAGAAUGAAGAAGCUGCUGAAGUGGUACUAACGCUCCAGAAGGCGUCAAUGGACCUUGAGGAUGUUAAAAGAGACGCUUCGGUCGGAGCACCAAAGGAGAUUGGUGAGGAUGCUCCAGAAGAAGUGUCUGAUGAAGGACUGGAGAGAGAGUUCGAUCAUGCUGCUGAAGAUUCUUCCAACAAAGGACCAAAGAUGACCUUCGAGAAUGUUGGAGUAAAAUCUUCGGACAACGGAGUCGUGAAGAUCUUGGACGACGUUCGAAGAGAAUCUUCUAAGGAGCCACCGAAAGAGGUCAUCGAGGAUGCACCUGAAACUACAGAAUGUCAGGAUAGUGCAACUUCAGAAGCCACCAAUCCAAUUGCUUCAACCCUUCCAACCACUUCCGCGGCUUCCAACAUCGAGACACCUCCACAACCAGAACCGGAACCCCGUGAGCAGCUUCAAGGAAUUCUCGCAGUCCGAUCGGGUGACAUCGUAAUGAAUCGGACACGACCAAAAAAAUGCGUCCGAUUCGGAAGCCCUUUGGAGCACAUCAGCAUCUUUCUGCCAAUCGAAAUGAACAUUGCCGACAAAAUUGACGUUGCUCGUCAGCAACUCGAGCAAAUUGAAAUUGAUUUGGAAAAGAAGUUCGCCGAGGUCAAGGAUGCUGAGAAGAAGCUCUCUGAGCAACCGACGAACAAGGAGCUCAUGGAGCAGGUGGCGAAGCUCAAUGAUGAGGACAUCAAGCUCCAAAAUGCAAAGCACGAGAAAGAGGAAGAGAUUGCUAGCCUGAUGAGCAGCGACUCGGAUCAGGAGCUUCUUGCCACAUACCGAGGUCGACUGGAGAUUGCCAACCAAGAGAUGGAGAGGGUCGAGUCCGAAUUGAGAAGUGCACAGGAGGAAUUGAAGCGUCAUCCGGAGCAGCCAAUGGACACCGAAGCGGUUGAGGCCAAGAAGGCAUGUCUUCAGAUGGUUAAAAAGUUUGAGGCGGAGCUAGAAACCAUUCGAGUCAAAAAGUUGGUUCUGCAUCAUGCCGUGAGGGGACUAUCAAUUCUGUUCACCACAGAGUCUCUCACUAUCUACAUACCCCCGACUAAUCAACUUCUAAUCCAGCGAUUCAGAAACGGUAUGAGCGCGCAGGAAAUCGCCAAGUUUCAGCAACAGCUCCUGGAUGUGAGAAAGGUGUUGAAGGAGCUCGAGGACCAGAGAAAGAUGGUCCAGGAGAAAAUUGAGGAGCAUCCCGACCAAGCAAAAUGGGUGGAUUUGAUGGUGGUUGUGAAGGACGCGGUGGAGAGCACGACGAUGGUGGAGAACAUAUUAGAGAAACUGGUGGAGGGAUUGCUCAAUUAUUUCGGUUCCAAUGGAAGAUAUAAAAAUCUCUCAAUUAAUGAAAAUCUGUUAAGGAUCAAAAAACCUGGGGUCUCGACACGGUCAAGUUUAAGUCAACUGAUCUUGGUUCCUGUCAACGAUAUCAAAAAUGUGUCAACUGGUACAAAAAUGGCUAACCAAUUGGAAGCGAUGCAAAUGGAGCUGGCUCGAAUGGACCAGGAAUUGGCGGACCUGGAGGUUCAAUUGGUCGACGCCCACAACGAUUUUGAUGAAUUCGUUGGCGACUUCAUCGAUCGUGGACUUCCAAUCCAAGAGGAUGACUUUCCAGACUUCUUGGAGCACGUUGACAGAAUCAUAACUCUGAAGGAGCGUCAGAAUGCGUUGGAGGAUCGGAAGGAAGCGUUGGAGAUAAGACACAUUUUGCACAGAUUCAAGUUCUGGAACGACAAUCAAUCGAUAUUUGAAUGGAUGUUCAUAAAAAGAUGUGUUGUUUCAUCCAUAACCAAGGCUAUGCAAAUCUCGGCCGCGGCCGGCCACGCUCGACACGGACUACACACGGAAUACAUUUUGUACAACAAACAAGCAAGAAUGUUCGACGUCAUCAUCAAUGGAGCGCGAAAGAUCUGGCGACAUGUCACGUCAUCGAGCACCUCCUCCUCUGCUCCAGUUGAGGCCCAAGGAAUGGAAGCGGAGGAAUUUUUCUAUUGGCACGAGAUGCUCCAUGGAUUCAAAAAUGACAGCCAAGGGACCUACCCCCAGAUUCCAGCUGGCGCCAAGGAGAUGCUGAACUCCUCGGAGCUGUUCAACAACGGCGAUGUGGAGGAGUUCGUCAGGUGGCAAGAAUACGUGCAUUGCCGUCAAGAAUGCAGCGAACCAGGACCUUCUCCGUUGGCUGACUCCCGCGAGCUCCCGGGUUCGGAGGCUGAUAAUUCGGAUUCUGAAGCUUCAUCGUCAUCGCUGGGACUCGGCUCAGAGUAUGAGGAAGACAACAGCGUCUGCCUCCAGCUUCUACUUUGCUCGAGCAGAUCCAAUGCUUCAGCUUCUCCGGCUCCUACUUGGUCCAACGGUGACUAUUCUAUCAUGGAACAAAGAGAAGGUCUUUACGAUGGUAAAAUCAAUUGGGAUACGAAAAAAUUGAAGUUCAAUUUCACCCUAGGACUUGAGAAAUUGUCUGAGAAAAACGAAGGAUUGCAAGCUGAAUUAGGUAAAAUUUCACCUGAAGUCAUGGAAGCGAUCGCUGGAACCUCAGCAAACGUCUCUUACGACGCACUUCGAGAACUGGACCAAAAUAGGCGUCGUCAAUUGGAAAGGGAGCUGAAGAAGUUGAGAGAUACGUUUGAAGCUCGAAUCAAAGAUCUCACAGAGGGAAAUAAGCAACUUCGAGAACAACAAAAGACGAAUCAGAUCGAGCACGAGAAGCUGGAGUCAAAAUUGCAGGAGUCUGAGACUGAAAAAGGGAUUCUUCUGAACGAAAAUUCAACAUUGAAGUGUUCGGUCCAAGAGCUCGAAACCGAGAAGAAUGCUAUUAAAGCGACAAACUCAGAGCUGCAUAAGAAGCUGGGAACAUCGGAAGAAAGGCUCAAGGAUCUUCAAGAAAAACUUGAAAAGGCGAGAAGAAAAGGCGAGAAGCUUCAGGAAAAGCUUUCGAAUUUGGAAGAACAGCGGAAAGCAGGCCAGAAAGAUAGCGAGAAGGCUGUCGAGCACAUGCUGGACUUGGAGAAGAAACUUCUGGAGGCCACAACACAAAAAGAGAAGCUGCAGAAAGAUCUCAUUGAAGCUGCUCGAGUCUCUGAGGUCUUCAAAAAGGAACAGCACUCAAAACUGCAGCAGACUCAGAGAGAUAAAGAGGAUCAGAAGGCUUCCCUUGAGGCUGAAAUAAAAAAUCUCCAAGUGAGGAGCUCAGAACUCACUAAGAAUCUCGUGAUAGCUGAAGAAGGGCUCGAGAAUCUUCAAGAACGUCUUCGAGGAUCAGAACAACAAAAAACCGCGGUUCAGAAAGAGAAAGAGGACGCUGUGGGAAAGCUUCAGGAUCUCGAAGGAAAAAUUCUUCAGUGCAAUAAGGAAAAGGAGCAGCUCCAGAAGACAGUCAAAGAACUCGAGGGAAAAAUUCAAGAAUCUGUCGUCUCCAACAAAGAACUCGAAGCAAGACUGCAGGUGGUGGAUAGCAAAAAUGGAAAGCUUCAAGAAGAAAAUACGAGACUGGAGACAACGGUAAAUACGCUUCAAAUGAAUGUAGCUGAACUUCAGAAAAGUGUGGAGCAGGCAACCGCCGCCAACGGACAACUUGCUGAAAAACUGAACGCUUCUGAAGAAAAGAACAGGGAUUUGGAGGGAAAAAUAGCCAAUCUUGAGGAAUCACUUGCAAGACGAGCUAACGAUUCAUUGGUUUUGGAGCGGAUAUUGAAUGAGGCAAAUGCGGGAUUAGAACGAUUGAGAGCUGCUGAAGAAAAUCGUCGAGAAUCAAUGACUCCCGAGGAUCCUUCGUCGGAGACUGUUGUUGCAGCGAAUCUCCAAAUCGUUCACGACGCUUUUGUAGUUAUCCUUCAUGCCCUCCCGAACUCCUGCUGCUUCUGA